CUGGCAUCAUUGGUGGAUGCGAAGUAGCGUACGAACGCCGUCUGCAAUUUUAUUAAUAAAAAUGCUGUAAAAUCACACAAAUAAUUAACAAUUAUACUGUAAAGGCAUUGAAGAACGUACAGUUGCAGUAAAGGAAGUGAAAUCGGCGUGAAUAGUAAAUUUAAAGUUGCAUAAAAGUUGAAAAACGAAGAAAACGACGACGACCAGUAUCAAAGCACAGCGUUUGGGUUUGGUUUUUUUUUAAUCGUCGUUUGCUUUUCCAAUUUGUGUGUGAGUUGAAACGCGAGUUGGCGAACGUCGCUAUGUAAUGGCCGCUUGAGAAUCGAGAUGAAAAAGUGUUAAGUUGGAACCUUCUAAUUGUAUGUAUGAAGGUGUACCAGUAGAAAUAUAGCGAAAGUGGAGAACAAAGUGUAAAACAGAGAAACCAGGGAGAAAUAAAUUCGAACAGUUAAGCAAAACGAAAUUCAAUAACUAAAGACAACACAAAGUUAAACAGUUCCAACAUCAAGUGAGCUAAGUGAAAAAAUACAAUUCCAGCGAAUUUUAUUCACACGUCGACGACUUUUGCCAUAGCGGAGGGUCUCAAAUGUUUUUAUUGUUGCUACUAUUGGGAAAAUGUCUCAUUUGCCAUUGGAUGCACGCGCCAUUUUGGACUAUUUAAAUGAAUUGGGUUACAGAAACAUAUCUGCCGAACAGCUCAAGGAAUUCAUGAAAGAUCUUCGCAAACUCAUCAAAUACGAGGAUACACUAGGCAUUAAUGCCAAUCAAGAUAAUUAUUUUGAGAACCUCUUCAAACGCACAACUGCCAGCUUUCGCGCCAAAGUGGGAAAAGAGAAUGUGCGCUGCGAUCGCGUUUUAAAAGAAAAGUCCAAGCACCAGCAAGAUCAACAUGUGCUGCGGCCACUAAACCAGCAAGCGAAAGCCGGAACGGCAAUGGCGAAAAAGGAGAGACAAAACCAAUCUGCUCGCAAUGAUGCAAUCGCCUUCCACUCUGGAACGACCCCAGAUGGGGAUAGCAUGCCGCGCCGUGACAAUGGAAAACAACCACAACGCUUUGGGAUGCCUAAAAAUCUUCCCGGUUUGGGGAAUCUAUCGCGCGAGAAAGCUACACAUUCAGGUAAUCGUAAAGCACCUUUUGGCGAAUGUAACGAGCCACGUGGUUCUCAAUCUGAGACGACCGACCGUAGUGCGGUGCGUACAACAAAAACAACAACAGCAGCCAUAAGAGAGCCUAGCCCCAAAGAUCAAGCUCCAACAACCACAAGCGGUAUUAGAGCAGGCGGACGCAAAGAAUCUGGUCGAAUGGCAAAAGAUGGUGAUACGCAGCGUAAUCAAGUGCCAACGAUAAGGGAUGCGAGCCGUGGACGUACGCGUGCUAGACAUCCAAUUCAAGAACGCGGUGCUACAUCGCGCAGUCCGAGUGGAGCCAGUUACUCCACAGCCAAAUCUUUGGGUGUUAUCAUACCACGUCAUUGCACAGCAACACGUCGCCGCCGACCAUUAAGUACAGAUCCGGUCGCCUUAUACCACUACUACCAAAGCGAGUGGAAUUAUUUUCGGGAACAAAUUCCUGGCGAGAGUUCGCACGCGGACCUGCGUUGGCUAAUACGUGCGAGACUAAUGGAUCCCAAUUAAAACGACACCCUUGAAGAAUGACAGAUUGAAAGGAGGGAGAUAAAAAAAAAAUAGUUAAGAAAUUGGGAUAAAAAUUAGUAUCCAUAAAACCAUUAUUUCAGACUCAAUUUCAUGUUAUUUUUAAAUAAAACGACGUUUCAUAAAUAAA